UUACAUUCGACCGCACACAUUGACCUACCACCUCUCCCAUUUCUCACAGUCAAUACGGAAGCCGAGCACCAUGGUGGCUUCAAAAAGUCCCAAGGCCGCGAAGGUCGCGCCGCGGUAUACAGAACGUGUCAUGGGCGCGAUGUCCCAAAUCCAGCGUGAGACGCACAAACAUGCCAUCCGCACUGCGAGCAUCCACGCGCGCGUCCAGAAGAUGGCGCAGGAGCGGAAGGAGAAGCUAGGCCCACAUUGGAAGACGUUCGUCACGAAGGCCAUCGGCGUCUUGACGGAAGAAGGCAUCCUGGAGAAAGAUCAUGGGGCCUAUGCGUUGUCGCUCAGUGGCAAGAAGAUUAUUGCUACUGCCCGCCGCGCGCUGGACCUCCCGAGCAACAGCCAAGACAUGACGAUCGAGCAAGAGGUCGACCUGUGGAAACAGGUGCUCCGCACGCCAAUUGCCACACCAACUCGCAAGCGGCUGCGCAACUCGCGUGUGCCCGCAGGGGAUGACUCGGACGACGAGCUCGUGGAGUUGCCGUCAUCGCCGAUCAAGGGUCGUAAGCGUGCGCGGACGUCAUCGGCUGCUGCAAGUCACCGACCAGUGCGGGAGCCGACGCGUGAGCCGCCUUCGCCCUUGACGGAGCUAGAGGAAAGUAUGGAGAACGUGUUGGUUCCGUGCUACGCCGGCUACCGCCAGUGCCCGCCUCGUCAAUCUCGUUCCUUCAUCGACCAGCUGAGCAAACAACCAACACCCGCGCCGACAGAGAUGGAAUUGCACGAUGACAUCACCGAUGAACCGGCCUACAUCGAACUGCCAGCCUCUGCAGAUAAUUAUAGCGCGACCGCAGUGGAGAGCCUGAAGGAGGAACUUGCCAAGGCAGAAAGCGCCGUCGUGGCACUUAGCCGUGAACUGAGAGAUCUUCGCGAGCAACGGACGACUCUGGACUCUGAACUGGCCAGGACGAGAAGGCGGGCCGAUGCCAAUGCGGCUGAGAAAGUCAUGCUGGAGGCGCAGCUAGCCGCUGACGUUCCUCGGACCGACGACGCGGAUCUCUUGCCCAGAUCGCCCAUCUUGAGGGCGAGAGAGGAUGCCGUCGAGCUGAAUGCGAAGCUCGCAGUUUUACGCGACGCUGCCGAAGCUUUGAAGCCUCAAAUGGAUGCUCUCGAUAGUGCCUUGGCUGAACGGAUCAGCAUCCAAACGGUCUUGGAAGAACAAUUGGCUGCAGCAAAGAAGGAAGCCGAGGAUAUGCGGUUGAAAGUCGGUGUAUUCGAGACUUCGACUCGUCAACUCCGGACGGAGAUCGAGUCGAAGGCAGCACAACUAAGCGAACGAGAAGCUGAGCUCGGGGGUGAGCUAACUGCGAAGGCCGGAGCGAUGUCUGCUUUGGAGAGUCGAAACGCCGAGCUCGCAGCCUCCCUGAAUGAGGCUCGCAGCAAGAUGAUCGAAGCCGAGGCCGCAAGAUCCUGUCUGGCUGACCGAUUUUCCGAAGCAGAGCUGCGCAACUCGUCCUUCCAGGCCACCAUUGACGAGUUGCGUCUGGCUGAAGGCCGAGCGGUGGCAAGCAUCGAGCAGCUGUCCGCCGAGUCGGUUAAGCAGCUUGGGAUUCGAGACGAAACAGUUGCUGCACUCAAAUCUGAGCUCUUGACUGCACAAGAAGCUACGCGCGUGCAAGCGGCCCAAGCAGAAGAGACACUGACAGCUCUGACUCGGCAGCUGGCGCACACGCAAGCCAGCCACGCCGCCCUAGAAUCCACGCUGGCCGUGACGAACGAGAAAUCACGCUCGGAGCUGGAGGCCGCUUCGGCCAAGUCCGCCGAUGUGUCCGCAAAGCUCGAGGAGGCUGUCAAACGUCUAGGCGAGGUGGAGACGCGCUUGCAUAUCGCCGGGAGGAAGCACACGUCAGAGAUCGCUGACAAGGACGUGAUCCUGACGACGCUCAAUGAUACGCUCGUAUCGGCUCGGGCAGAUGUCCAGGACAUGGUCCAGAAGCUUGCGCAGGCAGAUCGGGACCGAGGUCAGCUGCAUGCUGAUGUCGUCCAGAUAAAGGGGGAUUUGCAAGCCGAGAUGGCGAAUACACGUGAUAUCGCGGCGGAGCUGGAGAGCGAGCGCGCGAAGAGGGCGCAGGCCGAGACGUCCUUGAACGAGGUCCGAGAGCUGAGAGAGGCUGAUGUUGCGACCAUUGGUGCGCUCCAGGACAAGUUCGCCCGGCUCAAGGACGCCCAGAUGGAGUUGUGGGUCCAGUUUGAGCUGGCGAGACCGAGUGGCCAGCCGGUGCUGCCCCCCGCGUCGUCGAGCAGCCUUGUGAUUUGGUUGCUGCUGAUCUGCGCUAGUGUUGAUCUAUCUUGA